GCGCCCCAGAGAAGCACUUGCAACCUCCGCGCCUGCUCCGCCAAAACCUCGAGAGAAGGACGCCCUCAGUCUCGGCCCUAGCCUCAUCUCACUCCCGGAGCAUCCGAUACCGCUGCUCACCGGCUUGUUGGAUUCCGUGUCGCCGCACUCGCCCCGGCUCUUUCAGCGCGCCACAAUGAGCUCCAGCACCGCCAGGGCGCUCGCCGUCGCCGUCACCCUUCUCCACUUAACCAGGCUGGCACUCUCCACCUGCCCCGCCGCCUGCCACUGCCCUCUGGAGGCGCCCAAGUGCGCCCCGGGAGUCGGGUUGGUCCGGGACGACUGCGGCUGCUGUAAGGUCUGCGCCAAGCAACUCAAUGAAGACUGCAGCAAAACGCAGCCCUGCGACCACACCAAGGGGCUGGAAUGCAAUUUUGGCGCCAGCUCCACCGCUCUGAAAGGGAUCUGUAGAGCUCAGUCAGAGGGCAGACCCUGCGAAUAUAACUCCAGAAUCUACCAGAACGGAGAAAGUUUCCAGCCCAACUGUAAACAUCAGUGCACAUGUAUUGAUGGCGCCGUGGGCUGCAUUCCUCUGUGUCCCCAAGAACUGUCUCUCCCCAACCUGGGCUGUCCCAACCCCCGACUGGUGAAAGUCAGUGGGCAGUGCUGCGAGGAGUGGGUUUGUGAUGAAGAUAGCAGCAUCAAGGACCCCUUGGAUGACCAGGAUGACCUCUUUGGAUUUGAUGCCUCGGAGGUGGAGUUGACGAGAAAGAAUGAGUUAAUUGCCGUUGGAAAAGGCAGCUCUUUGAAGAGACUUCCUGUCUUUGGCACGGAACCGCGAGUACUUUACAAUCCUCUGCAUGGCCAGAAAUGCAUCGUUCAGACAACGUCAUGGUCCCAGUGCUCUAAGAGCUGCGGAACUGGCAUCUCCACACGAGUUACCAAUGACAACCCGGAGUGCCGCCUCCUGAAAGAGACCCGGAUCUGUGAAGUCCGUCCUUGUGGACAACCGGUGUACAGCAGCCUGAAAAAGGGCAAGAAAUGCAGCAAGACCAAGAAAUCCCCAGAACCCGUCAGGUUUAACUAUGCAGGAUGCUCCAGUGUGAAGAAAUAUCGGCCCAAAUACUGCGGCUCCUGCGUGGAUGGUCGGUGCUGCACGCCUCUGCAGACCAGGACCGUGAAGAUGCGGUUCCGCUGCGAAGAUGGGGAAAUGUUUUCCAAGAAUGUCAUGAUGAUUCAGUCCUGCAAAUGUAACUACAACUGCCCGCACCCCAACGAGGCAUCGUUUCGCCUCUACAGUCUGUUUAAUGACAUCCACAAGUUUAGGGACUAAAUGCCUCCUAGGUGCCUAGUGUGGGGUGGAUGGAGGAGGGGUGUGAGCAUCAUGGAGUCAUGGGUGGGGUGGUGGGUGAAGGGGCUCAUUGUAGAAGGGAUGCCUUGCUCAUCACUGAGUAGCAUUAAGGUAUUUCCAAACUGCCAAAGGGGCUGGUGCGGAUGGACACUAACGCAGCCGCAGUUGGGGAAUACUUCGCUUCAUAGUACUGGAGCGCCUGUUAUGCUUCGUUUUGGAGCGUGUUUGUGUGGAUGACGUUCUGUUUUCUGUUUGUAAAUUAUUUGCUAAGUGUAUUUUUUGCUCUAGAUCUCUCCCCCCUUCUUGGUUCUACAAUUGUAAUAGAGAUAAUAAGAUUAGCUGGGCCGUGUGAAAGCCUUGUUUGUCCUCUGACAGAAGUAAAUGAAAGGGCCUCCUGUUCCUUCCUGAGGGAGGGGGACGCUCUGUGAGUGUCCAAGAGGCAGCUACCUGCGCUCUAAACUGCAAACAGAAACCAGGUGUUUGAAGAUUGAAUGUUUUUUAUUUAUCAAAAUGUAGCUUUUGGGGAGGGAGGGGAAAUGUAAUACUGGAAUAAUUUGUAAAUGAUUUUAAUUUUAUAUCAGUGAAGAGAAUUUAUUUAUGAAAUUAAUCAUUUAAUAAAGAAAUAUUUACCUAAUAUCUGAGUGUUUGCUAUUCAGUAU